AUCAAACAAGAGUUCACACGAUGCAAGAUGUUGAGGUUUAGCGGCCUAAAGUCUACAAAAUCAUCUAUUGAAAAUUAGUUGUAAAUUUUGACGAAAAACCAGAUGCUAGUGGAAAUAUCUACUAGGUCUAACCAUUUACUACAUCAGUAUGGAAACAAUUUGACGUAACUGCUUAUUGAAACGUCUCUGCAUUUUGAAGCAAUAUGGCGGACGAGCCAAUGCUAAGUUUAUUUGAUGCAGAUGGAGGAUUUUUAAGUGACUUGACGAGUCCUGGGGAUGGGGGGUUAGGACAACCAGAACUAGGGGGAGUUCUUCCAGGAUCAGAGAAUGGAAUUAUGUCUCAGGGAAUGGGAGCAAUGCAGAGACAGAUGCCUACUCAAUCGGAUAAUAUGAUGAUGCCUCAACAGUCGCAAAACACUUCAGUACAAGGCUAUCCCCAACUUCACAGCUUACCUCAGGAAAAUUAUCGGGGCAUGCCACCGCAGUCCUCCAUGAUGAACCGUCAACAGUAUCGUGGGCAACAAGAUGCCUUCAGUCAAUACGGACAGGUACCCAAGCUACAUCAUAUCACUGAUUCCAGCUCUAUGAUGAUGUCGAACCAAAACCAAAACAUGAUGACGCAGAACAUGCGACCACAGCAGCAGCAGCAACAACAACAACAACAGACAUUUGGCAGUCCGCCACAGAGUGGAAUGAUGUCAGGACAACAAGCUGGUUAUCAUGGUUACAUGUCACCACGGCCACGGAUGGCAUCGCAACAGAUGGGAAUGGUUCAUAAUCAGCAGUGGGGUGCAAGCCAGCAGACCAGUCCAAAUCAACAACAACAACAACAACAAUAUAUGACACAACAGCCGAGACAGCAAAUGAUGGUCGCCAGUGGCAACAAUCACAUGCCCUCUUUUCCUUCCCAACAACGUGACUAUAACAUGCCUUCAAAUCCUCAGCAGAUGGGACAUUACCCCACUGCUACCCCACAUGGACAAUCCCAUUUUAUCCAAGGCAUGAGAUCUCCUCCCUCUGGCACGAGGAUGCCUAUGGCAUCGUCUAUGAGUCCUAACAAUAUGAAUAUGAUGGCUCAGAUGCAACAACAACAACAGCAACAACACCCCAUGAAACCCGCUCAAUCGUUUCCACAACAACCAUCUCAGGCAGCCUCGUCACAAGCUAAUGCUAAUCUGAUGCCUAGUUACAACCAACAGCAGGUGAUACAACAGCAACAUGGCGUCUCACAACGUUUCCCUGGUGAGUACUUAACUGACGGACCACAACUAACCUCUGGGACCAACCCCCAACCUAACCAUCACUAUUCCACGUAUUCUGGCAGCCAGCAUGUCCCGGUGUCUGUAGUGGCACCGGGAAUGGGUGAUGCCAAUGCACUUUCUCUCUACACUACUAACCGAAGUCCUAACAACACCAAUCUACCGUUCCAGUCCCCGUAUUCAAGUAUGGGGCAAUCGAUAGGUCAACCGUGCCCACAAGCACCGUCACCACACUCCUCAUCAGGUUCAACAACACCAUCACUAUUACCAGGUGUUUCUCAGGGAAAUUAUGGACAAUCUAGUCUUCAACAACUUGAGCAACUGGUUUCGCCUUCCAUAGGAAGCAUUUCUGCGGCAAAUCCAUUUCAGACAGUAAUGCAAAGCACUCCUGCAUCCAAUUUGAACAUUGCACCAAAGCAACCAAUUUAUAGUUCAUCUAAUUUUCAAACAAACAUCGUUUCCUCAACAGGUCCUGUGAACGGAGGACCACGGCAGGUAGUGAGCCCUGCUGGACAGAUGGUGAUGGCAGGAAAGAAUGGUCCUAUAAGUCCAAGCCCUAGUCAACAGAUGAUGCCAGGUUUACCGAACCAACAGGGCGUGAAUCUGGAAGUCCAGAGACUACAACAACAGAUACAGCAGUUGUACAACAUGCCACAGACUCAACAGAUACAGCAACAGAUGCUGGACCUUCAGGAACGAAUGAGGAUGCUGAAAGCCCAGCAGCAACAACAGAUUCUUCACAUGCAGCAGCAACAGUGUCAACCGCGACCAAACAUUGCUCCUGGUCAAUCUAGUCAUCACAUCCCUCCACAAGUUUUAUCUCGUACUCCACAACAUCAGGUACGGAUGCCUCAUCCACAACCGACCAAUCAACCAGCACCUCAACAGCAGGUGCCCCUUCCAAUACAGCCACGACCACCACAGACACAGCAACAUCCAAGUCAGCCAGUACAACCCAUAGUUAUAUCAGCUAUGCCACAGCUCUCCCCUAAAGAAACUGGUACCCCAUCAUCCAGUACACCUCCUACUAUUAUACCCUCAUUAGGGGAUUCGCUUGAUACUCCAUCAUUUGCUCCAUCCAUUCAGGUUUUACCGACGUCUACCUCACAACCAUCCAUCCAUUCUACACAUCAGGGUUUAAAUACCCCCGAAACCUGUCCCCCGCUCUCUCCUCCUACGCUAGAUCCUUAUAAAUUUACGCCUCUUGAUGCCGAUCCUACCCCGAUACAAAAACUCGAAAUGCCGGGCCUCACGAAAUCUAAUCAAAGUCAAGAAAAGGCCAACAGAAUUAUAGCAGAUGCGAUCGCUAAGGCACAGGCAUCUGGUUUAACGGACAUACCAAAAGUGGUUGAUCCCGAUUCGUUAUUAUCGACGGUCACAGACGGUACGGAAGGCGAAAGCUCUCCGGAAAAGAAACCGAGAAAAAAGCGUGUGAAAAAAGAUGGAGAGAAAAAGGAAAAGAAAGAACGAAAACCUAAGAAACCAAAAGACCCAGCGGAUCCAGAAACGCCGAAAGAACCGAAAAAGAGGAAAAAGAAAGUGAAAGCUACAACAGUUGUGACGGAUGCUCCUCCGGCUGAUGUUGCAGUUGAAGGUGAUGUUGUCGUAGAAACAACUGAUUCAGCUGCCGAUACGUCGACAACGAUGAUCGAUGUCGAAAAACCAGUUGAGGAAGCAGUAGUAGAGAAGACUGAAACACCGGAGAAAAAACCACCGACAUCAAAACUUUUUACUAAAAGAAAAAAACCACCAGCAACAUUUAUGCAGAAGAAUAAAAAACGUAAACGGACGACGUCACCUGACCUAUCAGAUCUUGAUGUCUCACCACAAGGUUCACCUAAAGAUGAUGAUAGUGUACUGAAACGACGAUCAUCUCGUAAUACUAAACGAAAGAAGUAUAUGGAUGAACUGGACUUAAAUUUAUCAGACGAUAAUACAGAGGUUGAUAUCGAGGGACUGGAUAACGGGCCUGUUGCUAUGAAAGCUGAUGAAUCUACAGGUGAAGAAGUUAUAGUUGUAGAAAAAAUACUUGGUGUUCGAAUCAGAAAACGCGAUAAAGAUGAGAGUGCAGAAAAUGGAGAUGAUACUCAACCUGCUAUAACAGAAGAGGAAGAAGAAUUUCUGGUCAAAUUUAAAAAUUAUUCUCAUCUUCACUGUGAUUGGAGGACGCAGAAGGAACUGGAAGAGAAAGACAAGAGAAUUCUGGGUAAAAUAAAACGUUUCAGACAGAAAAAGCAACAACAAAAUGUCUUUGAAUUGAAUGAAGAUGAUGAAGAAUAUUUCAACCCAGAUUACACGGAAGUCGAUCGUGUUUUAGAUGAACAAAUCGCGAAGGAUCCAGCCACGCAGCAAGAGAUGACAUAUUUCCUUGUAAAAUGGAGGAGUAUGGCGUACGAGGAUUGUACUUGGGAACUACAACAAGAUGUCGACCCAACCAAAGUUGAAUCUUAUCGUAAAUUUAAAGUUCCACCACCAGAGGAUGAAAGAAAGGAGAAAGAAAGACCUAAACCUAGUGAAUGGACUCAACUUGAUAAAUCAAGAGAAUAUAAGAAUGAUAAUAGAAUACGAGAUUAUCAAUUAGAGGGUGUUAACUGGUUGACAUUCUGUUAUUUUAACAGACAAAACUGUAUAUUAGCUGAUGAGAUGGGUUUAGGUAAAACUAUACAAAGUAUUACAUUCCUACAUGAGAUUGAUCUGUAUGGUAUACACGGACCGUUCCUAGUCGUGGCUCCGUUAUCGACCAUCGCUAACUGGCAACGAGAGUUUGAAACCUGGACAGACAUGAAUGUUAUAACAUAUCAUGGAACAGGUCCAAGUCGAACUAUGUUACAAGAAUAUGAAAUUUAUUACCGAGACUCUUCUGGUGCUAAGAUUCCUGAUCUUUAUAAAAUCCAUGCAUUAAUUACAACGUACGAGGUGAUAAUAUCAGACAUAGAAUUACUCAGUAGUAUAAAAUGGCGAUGUCUCAUCAUUGACGAAGCUCACAGGUUAAAAAACCGAAACUGUCGACUGAUGGAUGGAUUGAACAAAAUACAACUUGAACAUCGUGUAUUAUUAACGGGUACACCAUUACAGAACAAUACAGAUGAAUUAUUCAGUUUACUCAAUUUCCUUGAACCUAAACAAUUCGCAUCAUCAGAAGCUUUUGUUGCCGAGUUCGGAACAUUAAAAACAGAAUCUCAAGUAGAUCAACUUAAAGAGAUAUUGAAACCUAUGAUGUUGAGAAGAUUGAAGGAAGAUGUAGAGAAAAAUUUGGCACCAAAAGAAGAAACAAUUGUUGAGGUGGAGCUGACCAACAUACAGAAGAAAUAUUAUCGUGCCAUAUUGGAGAGAAAUUUUACGUUUUUAUCGAAGGGUUCGACUGGUUCUGCUAACGUACCUAAUUUAAUGAACACGAUGAUGGAACUCAGGAAAUGUUGUAAUCAUCCUUUCCUUAUUAAAGGAGCGGAAGAUAAGAUAUUAGACGAUAUGAAGACGAAAACCCCGACAGAUCACGAUCCAUUAUUUAACUCGAUGGUUCAAUCUUGUGGUAAAAUGGUUCUCAUGGAUAAAUUAUUACCCAAAUUAAAACAAGGCGGACAUAAAGUUCUUAUUUUCUCACAGAUGAUCAAAGUUUUAGAUAUUCUCGAAGACUACCUCCUACAUAAGCAGUAUUUAUACGAGCGUUUAGAUGGUCGUAUCCGUGGUAACAUAAGACAGGAAGCUAUUGAUAGAUUCUCUAAACCUGAUUCUGAUCGUUUUGUGUUUUUACUAUGUACAAGAGCUGGUGGAUUGGGUAUCAAUUUAACGGCAGCUGAUACGUGUAUUAUUUACGACUCAGAUUGGAAUCCUCAAAAUGAUCUACAGGCUCAAGCUCGUUGUCAUCGUAUUGGACAGAGUAAAGCCGUGAAGAUUUAUCGUCUAGUCACACGAAACUCGUAUGAACGUGAAAUGUUCGAUCGAGCAUCCAUGAAACUAGGUCUAGAUAAAGCUGUUUUACAAUCGUUAGGUGGUGAAAACAAAGGAGUUAAUCAGGCAUCACAGUUAUCUAAGAAGGAAGUAGAAGAGUUAUUAAAGAAAGGAGCAUAUGGUGCGUUGAUGGAUGACGAUACGACAGGUGAUGAUUUCUGUGAAGAGGAUAUCGAUCAGAUUUUACAGAGACGAACACAAGUUAUACAGAUUGAAUCUGAGGGAAAGGGAUCAACAUUCGCUAAGGCUAGUUUCAGUUUAUCAACCAAUAGAUCAGAUAUUGAUAUCAAUGAUCCUGAAUUCUGGCAGAAAUGGGCCAAGAAAGCUGAUUUAGAUGUUGAUGAAAUAUCUAGUAGGAAUGAUCUGAUUAUUGAACAACCUCGACGUCGGAAACAGACAGCAAGGUUCGGUAACGACGAUAAUGUCGUAGAUAUGAGUGAACUAGAAUCGUCCAGUGAUAGCGAUGAUGAGAAUAAAUCAUCCAAGCGUAAAUCUAAACGAGGCCGUAAGAAGGAUGAUGACGAAGAUUUUAAUGAAGAUUAUACAGGAGACGGUUAUUGCCGAUCGGAAUGUUUCAAAGUAGAAAAAAUGUUACUUAUUUAUGGGUGGGGACGGUGGGGUGAUAUCUUACAUCAUGUUCGAUUUAAAAGAAAACUGGAUGAAAAAGAUGUAGAGACAAUUGCUAGAGGAAUACUUGUUUGUUGUUUAUCGUAUUAUAAAGGGGAUGAAAAGAUUAAGAGCUUUAUUUGGGAUUUAGUUUCACCCCAUAGUGAUGCUGUACUUAAAAAUCAUAAAGGGUUAUCUGCCCCUGUACCGAGAGGACGUAAAGGAAAGAGUAAAAAAGAUUCGAACAUACCAGAUAUAGAGCCAGAUUUACCAGUUAUCGAUAAAAAUAGUCUCGAUUUUAAUCCAGCAUCGAUACUGGAUCCAGCUUAUACCAGACAUCUAGAUAGACAUUCUAAUAAAGUAUUAUUACGGGUUCGUUUAUUAUACUACCUCAAACAAGAAAUAGUUGGUGAAGAGGCCAAAAAAGUCUUCCAGGGAGCUAAUAUCAAGGAUAUCAACAUUCCAAAACCAUCAGCUGAUCGUGACACGCCUACUUUCUGGUGGGAUGAAUUAGCUGAUAGAUCUCUUAUAGUGGGUAUAUUUAAACAUGGCUACGAAAAAUAUCAUAAAAUACGAUCAGAUCCUACUUUAGUUUUCCUCUCAAGAUGUGGACCACCAGAUGGAGCUGCUCUAUUGGCCGAACAAAAUGAAGAUAAUGACGACAAAAAUGAUGAUGAUGAUGACGAUGAUGAUGAAGCAUCCAUGGCAUCGGCACCAGAUACGAAGAAAAAACCAGCUCCUCCAUCAGAAGAUUUUGGUGAUAAAUUACCGUUUCCAGGAACGUCUGAAUUAAAUUCCAGAUUACGUAGAUUAAUUACAUGUUAUCAACGAACUAAUAAAAAACGCAUCAUGGAGAUGGAAAUGCAAGCAAGGAAAAUGGAGAAACGAGGAAAGUCUGAUAUGGCUGUCCGAGAACGGGAAUAUAGACGUAGAGAAUCAUUACAGAAUCGUUGGUCUCGAAGAGAAGAAGCUGAUUUUUAUAAAACCGUGUCAACGUACGGUGUUGAAAUAGAUAAAAAAACAGGAAGAUUUAUCUGGGAUAGAUUCCGAAAUCUGGCUCGUCUCGAGAAGAAGUUUGACGAUACUUUAACAGAAUAUUUUCAGGGAUUUUAUUUUAUGUGCCAAAGAGUUUGUGGAAAACUCAGCAAAGACAUUAAACCUCCACCGAACACGAUGUAUGUAGAACCAAUAACAGAAGAACGUGCUACCAGGUGUCUCUCACGAAUAGAUUUAAUUAAUAAAGUACGAGAAGAGAUUUUAUUCCAUCCAAAACUUGACGAACAUAUCCAGUUAUGUCAACCAUCGUUUGAUAUGCCAAGCUGGUGGCAAUGUGGUAAACAUGAUAAGGAAUUAUUAAUAGGAGCUGCCAGACAUGGUGUAGCAAGAACAGAUUAUCAUAUCCUACGAGAUCCAACUCUGUCAUUCCACGAAAUAUUUCAGAAAGCUAAUCGUGGUAUUAAUUCUCCGUUUAGUAGUAUCAAUCCUAAUGGUGGUACGCCUAGAACACCUAGUACUCCGCGAGGUGGUACUCCUGUUUUACUGAAGGAAGAACUCGAUAGAGAAUCAACGGCGACGAAAAAAGAUUCCGUGAAAAAAGAGAACGAGAAAGAUAUGAAACCUGAGAAUGAAGACAAUAAAUCGAAAUCACCAAUCAAAAUAGAAACGGAUGACGAACAAGUCCAGAAUGACAAAGAGGAGGACGCGUCUGAAGUGACGGAAAAAUCAGAGAAAAAUGACUCUAGUGAAAAAACAGAAGUGAAAUGUGAAACCAAACAGGAAGUGACUGUAAACGGUGAAACUAGUGACACAGAAAGUGAUAAAAAGAAAAUGAAAGUAGAGGAAAGUGAAAGUAGGACUAAAGAUGAGGAAGUGAUGAAUAGUGAUAAAGUGAAAGAAGAGGAUAUAACCGAAAAAGAUAAAAUAAAAGAAGAGAAAGAUGACGUGAAAGUAGAGGAAGAGGAGGAUGUGAAACUUGAUAGUGAUAAAGUAAAAGUAGAAGAAUCGGAAUUGAAAGUAGAAAAAGAUAAAGUGAAAGAAGAGAGUAAAGAGAUUAAAGAUGAACCAAUGGAAUCAAGCGAAGAGAAGGAUAAUAAAGAAGAAUUUGUGAAAAUCAAGGAUAAAUUAUAUGAGAAGAAAAUGGAGGUAUUGGACGAGGAUGAGUUAAUAAAACGUGAAUUACGAUCAGUAACAACACCGAGACAUGGUAACUUACAGUUCCCUGGAAUGUAUAAUGAAGAUUAUUUAGAUCCUGACGGACCAGAACCAGGUGAAAUAGUUGGUGGUAGAAGUUUCCUCAGUACACAGCUAGACUGGCCAAAGGAUCGAGUUAUCUUCCAUAGAUUAGAACACGUAUGUUAUACAGUGGAAAAAGGCGAGUGGCCCUUCUCUAAAAAAGGAUUUGUACCGUCUGCAGCAUUUGAUUCUCGUAGUACGACACCUGUUGGAUGUUCGACACCGAAAGGAGGAGACACGCCUCACGGAGAUUCAGAUGUAGGAGAAAAUACUUUUGAAGGAAUUCAGGUGAUGUUUGGGGAAACCCCUAAAGAUCUUGAAGUACAUAUAUCAGAGGGUGAAGGUUUACGUAUGACGAUACAAAAACGAAGUCGAGGACGUAAAAGGAAAUAUGAUAUUGAUCCUGAUCGAGCCACGCGAGUUCAACAAAUAUUGAAUCAGAGUCAAACACCACAUAGUGCUGCAUCUAGUGAUAACGAGAGUUUACAUGAACCAAUGAAUUUAUCAGCCAUUCAUGCUAUGUCUGGAGAACAUUUCCUCAAUGGACACGCUUCAGAACUUGAUGCUGCUAAAUUACGAAAUAGUCUCAUUGAGCAAGGUUUAUUACCAGAGAGGAGGAAACGAGGCCGAAAGAAGAAGGCAGAGAAAAUGGCCGAGUUAGCGAUGGCUGAAGCCUUAGCUAAAAGACAUCAUGCUAGAAUUGUGGCUAACCUUGACCCAGAUUUACGUAUUCCUGUGAUAAGUCUAGAAGAUGGGAGUCGACUGUCAGGAGAAGAAGCACCAAAGAAGAAGAAUUUAGAACAGUGGUUAAUGGAUCACCCUGGUUACGUAGUUGAACAACCCGAUCUGGCUAUAUUAGGUGCCGGAAUGGGAGGAGACGAGGAAGAACAACAACGAGCUGAACAUGAACUAAACAUGGAGAAACUUUUAAUGAGGAGCAGUGGUAAAAGACGAGCUAGGCUUGAUCCCCGUCUCAUGGAUCUCGCACACGUAACAGGCGAGGAAAACGUCACCGUGGUAGAGAGAGAGACAGGGAAAAAGAUGACUGGAGCCAAGGCACCACCGUUAAAACAUUUAUCGGAAUGGUUGGAACAGAAUCCUGGUUAUGAUGUAGAUUCUAAAUGGGGAGAAAUUGUACGAGCGAAGGCUAAUCUGCCCAAAAGUAUGGAUUCUCGAUUAUUGAAACCAUCAAAUCGAGGUAGAAAACCGAAAGAUCCAAUGUUAAACCCGGCAUUGCUGAGUGGCGAAUAUCCGUUUGCUGGUAUGGCUGGACUCGCUGGAUACCCAGGCCUCAUGGGUAAUUUCCAUAAACUGGGGAUGAACAUGCCGUUUGGCGCCAUGUCUAAUAUGGGUCUGGCUAAUCCGAUGUUUGCUUCAUUGGCUGGUAUGGGAUUCCCAGGUAUGAACAUGGGAGCGUUCGGCAGCGGUGAACUCGAACACGGAGAAAUCGAAAAAGAGGAUAAGAAAGAUCGACCAAAAGAAGAUAAACGCAGACGUGAGGACGGAGGAGAACGUUCGAAAGAUCGAGAAAAGGACCGAAAAUCAAGUGAAAAACCCAGUUCUUCGUCGACCUCGUCACCUCAUCCAUCUUUCCCAUUGUACUUCAACCCCCUGUUAUAUAACCCCUUAUUGGCACAAGGUAUGGGUAACUUCCCCUUACCAGCCGGACUACCUACGUCUUUCGCAUCAUUGGCUAAUCCAUAUAUGGCAAAUGGGCGGACAGAAUCGGAAUCUGAUGACGAUAAGAAAAAUGAACGUCGACACCGGGAAGAAAAACUAAAAUUGAAAGCGAGAGAACUAAAGGAAAAAAUGUCCCAUAAUGACGAAGUGCAGGAUUUAUCCGUGAAAAAGAAAACUCCACGAAAACCAGACAGUCAUUCUGUGAGGAAAGUUUCUCAGUCAGAACACGAACGUCGUUGUGAAAAACUCGAACAAAUGGAAGCGACUGAUCUCUCUAUGAAAGCCAGGUCUAAUAGUUCUGGUCGUCAUAAUAGUACGAAUAGUUCGUCGCGGGACAGCAGUCAUAAAUCUAGUGAAAAUCGGGUUCGGGAACGGGAACGAGAGAAAGAUCGAUCUCGAGAUCGUGAAAGCGAUCAUAGUUUGAACUCCUCCUCAGUGACAUCUUCCAAAACACCUCAGUCGUCUCGGUCAUCUCCAGCCAUAUCGGACAAAGCAUCUAUUGUAACGGGUACGCCAGGGUCGAGCAGUCGAUCUGGUAAAUCAAACAAAAAAAUCUUCAGUUCUUUGAAACUCAGUAAAAUUGUUGACUCACUGAAAGAAAAAGUUCAAAAUAUCGAAGAUAAAGAGAAGAAAAAGUGCGAUAAUCCUAAAGAAGAGUCGCAAAAUACUACACCAACAAAACCGGAAUCUUCUCCGAGUGAUAGUCUCGAUCUGUCCAGUGCAAAAGGUGCCGAAACAGAGAAAUCAGAAUCUGCGGAUGAGUCGUGAGUCGUUGACCGAUUCGUUACAAGUGUCAAAUUAGUCAAGUGUCGUCGACAUCGUAGGAAUUCUUUAAGACUGAUGAAAUCUCAAUAGUGAAAGACUUUAGUAAUGGUGGAUAGAGACUUUCCUGUCCUCUACCGUGGCCCUAUGUGUAUUCUGAUAAAAACAUGAGAAUCUUGUGUUAGAUUGCGUAAUUUUAAAGUACUUGUGUGCGAACUAUGACAAUUCAAUGGUUGGUUUGUGUGGAAUUCUUUGUGCUGUGGAAAAAAUGUGCUAUUUAAAAUCGUAAUUAAAUUAGAAGGAAUGAAAUAAAGGAUUAUCAAGAUUAAUUCUGUAAUUUGAAUAACGAUAAUUGGCACGAAUGAUAUACUGGAUUAUCCAGACGAAUGGUAUACUGGAUUAUCCAGACCAGUGUAAUCUUAAUAAUCAUAAGAAACGUCACUUAUUUUUUAAGAAGGUAAAAUAUUGUUACAACCUCAGAUACAUUGAUAUUUCACAAAUCGAAUUAUAUUUCCUAAUUUGGAAACUAGUGACGAAAAUAAUAUAGACAUUCCAACUGUCUCUUGUUUACUCCCAUGAUAUCUUGGGAUUUAUAUCCCAUAAUGCCUGGUCACCAUAGAAACUAAUUCAUCCAAUCAUAUUGUAUAUAUAAAACUCAUUAUAUGUUUGAAUGACAUUUAUCAAUAAUAGAAUAUAUGACCGACAAACAAAUUUAAUAUUUCUUGUAAAUAAGUUAUUUUUUAUGGGUUAAAUAAAAUGAUAGUGGUGGGAUCUUGACAAAUGGAUUCCCCCUCCCUGAUCCGUUUCCCCCACUGCUCCCCCCCCCCUCCCCCCUUGCAUACAUGUAUAGAUACAAUUAAUCACCCCCCUAUUCAUCUCGUUAUCAUACUAGUAAUUUAUUUCAUCAUUUUUCAUGGUUGUGCUGAUUAUGUAUAGAAUUCUUCAUUGUUUGGUCGGAAAUUUGUAAUUUAAGGGUAUGCAUUAGAAAUUAGUUAAAUCCUAUAAUUAAUGUAUAUAAUGUUUCUCUACACAUAGUUAGCCAAGAUAGACAAUACAUUAAUAAUCGAUAAUUCCUUUAUUCAAAUUGGAAUAGUGUUUCAAGAUUAUUCUGAUUCAAGGGUAUUUGUUUAAGAGACAUAUUGAUUUGAAAAUGUCAAAAGUUUCUUUAAAACAGAAAAUGAUUCCAAAACAUGGUUAUUUUAUUAAAAUCAGAUAUCAACAGCAUCUGAAUAAUGCCUGAUAAUAUUUAAAUUGUUCAGCAUGCAACAAAUGAAAUCUGAAACUAUAAAUGAAUUAUUUAAGGUCUGAAAUCGACAUGUUUAGAUCUAAUUUACAGUGUAGUAAAAUAAUGUGUAAAGACAGUAGAUGGAAUAAAUAAAAAUAAACCCACCGAUUAAUUUGUUUUUUAAAAUCGAUUAUUAAUUAUUGAUCUGCUUAUCUUCUGUACAUAUAAAUAGACCUAUAGCUUGUACGAUAUUCUAUCCAGUUGUCCUUUUGCGUUACUCCGUAUAAACUGGCUUUUUGAUAAAUUGUGGGAACUGACCUAUUUUAUACAUGUUUUAUAAUAAACAAGACUUUAUAAAUUUCCCAUUUAUGAGAAUUUAUUUUUUAGCAAAUUUUUUUUAAAAGAAUUUUGAGAAAAAUGACUUGAUAGUCAUAAUCAGCUUAGGACAUUCCGUAAUGAAUAUAGAAAAAUACAAACUUUAGUUUUUUUUUUUAAUGUACAUGUCUGUUAAACCCUCCCAGUAUUCAUGCAUGAACAUGCAAAAUGCAAUCCACAUGCAAAAUGUUUUCUUUUAAUAAUUCUGAUUACCUCAACUGAUUGUCGUGUGCAGUAAAAUGUGCCGCAUUUCGCAAAAACCUAUGCACCUAUGAAACCUAGCAAAACAAAGAGGCUAUUUCUCGUAAACCUUUUCAAUUUUAAAUCAAGUUACUUAUAGAAUUGUUAAUUGAUAUAAUAAUCAAAUUUAUUUUCUAUUAACUUAUAGUUAAUUCGAAAAUCAAUUCAGCAAUUCAAAAGUUGAAAGAGUCGAUCCAUUGAGAGUUAUUCCCCUUAGUGUAGUACAUUAGAAGUGUAAGUGAAAUAACUAUUAUUGAUUGACUGAUCAUGGUAUACGAGAAAUAUGUCUCUCCCCCCCCCCCCCCCCCCCCCAGUAAUUUAGUCUGUACGAUACUGUAGAUAUAUGAUAGACAAUUUGUACAUAAAUUAAAACAUAAUAUGAAUAUAAAUAUUAAAAUAUUUGAAUGUACGUAGGUUGUUCCUCCUCCGUACUCAUCGACCUUCACCUUGUAUAUUUGCUUGUAACUUUAUAAAAAAAAAACAACUCAACUUUACAAACCAGUUUAAUCUCAGGGCAGAAAAUAACAUUUUGUAUAAAUUAAAUAUUUUCAUUUUAUUUUUCUCUCAUUUUCAUUGCACAUAUAGAUGUUUUUUUUUUUAAUUGUCUUGAUAUCGAAUGUAUUAAAAACAUUAAAUUAAAUGAACAUGCAAAACAAGAGAGUUGUCUUUCCUUUAUUUGUAGUCUAUAUAUGGUUUAACAAUGGGAUUUAUAUGCACUGGGUAUUCUUCACAUUUGAGUUCUGCGUUGGGACUCAAUAAUCAAGUCUUAAUUGUUUCCAAAGUCUUCGUUGUCUAGUCCAUUUGAAUUGUCUGGGUGGCCAGUAGAUUUACUUUUAAACAUUGUUUUAAAAUACAAGUAGAAAAUAGAGAUGAUGACAAAUAAAUAGAGUUGACUAUAAUAUCAGGAAUUGAUUACCCCAAAAAACAAACAUUUACAUGUAUUAUUAAUUAUACGUAGAGCAAUUAAGACUCAUUAAUCAAGACUUAAUUGUUCUGAAAGUCUUUGUUAUCUAGUCCGUUUGAAUUGUCUAUGAUGAUGACAACACGAUAAGGAAUUGAUUAAUUCUAUGUAUAUCAGUUUUAAUAAGAAAGUAAAAUUUUUACUGUGUUUUAUGGAGGAGAAUAUCUACCAAAAUAAUGUUUGCUAGUGAUUUUUUUAUUUGAUUUCGUUUAUGAAUUAAAAUUAUUUUGCUAGAUAUCUUCUUCCAUAGAACAAAAUUUAAUUACUGAUUUUGUUAGACCAGGUUUUAUUGAAGGAAAUUAUUGAAGUAUUUUUUUUUUUUUUUAAAGGAAAGAUAACUCGCACUACAAAAUGUACUUAAAGCAAUAUUACCCAAUUGUUGUGUAUACUGUGACAUAUUUUUGUGGUUAUUAAUUUAAAAAGCUGGGGCUUUAUUGAAAAAUGUCUAUCAAGUCUUAAAAAACUGGGAAUAUCAAAAAUUGUCUAUUUUUAUAUUCUCAGGUGUGUAGAUAAAUGUUUGUAGGUAUUUUCACUUUUUUUUUGUAUUUUAUAUGUUUGCUCCCUUAUCAUUGAAAAACUGGUUUAUGGUCUAAGGGGAGAUAACCUUACUAUAAAUGUAGUUUUAUGGUCUAAGGGAGACAAUUAGACUGUUAAAAAAAAAUUAAGGAAAGCAACAAACUGUUUUCAGAUUUAUAUUUAUUGCAAGAAGUGUAAUAAUAAAAUUUUUGACAAAUGA